UCCGGUUAGGGCAGUGGGAAUCUUCUUUGACUGUGGAACACUAGGCAGGAGCUUUGCCAUUGGAUGGUCAAGAAGGAGGCAGCAGAAUGUCUGCAUUGUUACACCACAGUGUUCAGACUGCAGAAGACUGCAGGCUGAGCAGUAUCAUUUACUCUGCAAGUGAUUAUGUCUUCACCUGUGCUCUCUGAUCAUCAGAAACUAACGAAACACCUUUUAGGUCUUAUGAAUUCAGGGCCUGUGAAAAAUGGAAUCAAACUCUCUGAGGACUAAAGUCCCAGCUUUCUUAUCUGACUUGGGGAAGGCCACAUUGAGGGGAAUCAGAAAGUGUCCCCGAUGCGGCACAUACAAUGGAACCCGGGGACUGAGCUGUAAGAACAAGACGUGUGGAACCAUAUUCCGAUAUGGUGCACGGAAGCAGCCUAGUGUUGAAGCUGUCAAAAUCAUCACAGGCUCCGAUCUGCAGGUCUACUCAGUGCGGCAAAGAGACCGGGGCCCUGAUUACCGAUGCUUUGUGGAGUUGGGCGUUUCGGAGACAGCAAUCCAGACAGUGGAUGGGACCAUCAUCACUCAGCUGAGCUCUGGGCGGUGCUAUGUCCCCUCAUGCCUGAAGGCUGCCACCCAAGGUGUUGUGGAAAACCAAUGCCAGCACAUCAAGCUGGCGGUGAACUGCCAGGCAGAGGCCACGCCUCUGACCUUGAAGAGCUCAGUCCUAAAUGCAAUGCAGGCUUCCCCAGAAACCAAACAGACCAUCUGGCAGUUGGCCACGGAACCUACAGGUCCCCUGGUACAGAGGAUUACUAAAAACAUCUUGGUGGUGAAAUGCAAGGCAAGCCAGAAGCAUAGUUUGGGGUAUUUGCAUACAUCUUUUGUGCAGAAAAUCAGUGCCAAAAGCUUGCCUGAGCGCCGCUUCUUCUGCUCCUGCCAGACUCUGAAAUCGCACAAGUUGAAUGCCUCCAAGGACGAGGCAGCCCAGAGAUGCAUUCAUUUCUUUGCUUGCAUCUGUGCCUUUGCCAGUGAUGAGACAUUGGCUCAGGAAUUCUCAGACUUCCUAAAUUUUGAUUCCAACGGUGCACAGAUGAACAGUUCCCUAUUGCCUCAAGAUGCAGUGAGCAGUAAUCUAAGGAAAAGUGGUCUGAAAAAGCCUGUGGUUGCUUCUUCAUUAAAAAGGCAAGCCUGUGGUCAGCUAUUAGAUGAGGCACAAGUGACCUUAUCCUUCCAAGACUGGCUGGCCAGCGUCACAGAACGCAUCCAUCAAACCAUGCACUAUCAGUUUGAUGGCAAACCAGAGCCACUGGUGUUCCAUAUUCCUCAGUCCUUUUUUGAUGCCCUGCAACAGAGGAUAUCAAUAGGAAGUACGAAAAAACGGCUCCCCAACUCUACCACAGCUUUUGUUCGGAAAGAUGCCUUGCCACUGGGAACCUUUUCCAAGUAUACCUGGCAUAUCACUAAUAUCCUGCAAGUUAAACAAAUCUUAGAUACCCCAGAGGCUUCAGUCUUUUGGCCAGCAGGCAACACUUCCCCAGAUCAAAAGGAGCCAACACCUUUCAUUAUCGAGUGGAUCCCAGAUAUCCUUCCCCAAUCCAAGAUUGGCGAGCUGCGGAUCAAGUUUGAGUACGGUCACCACCGGAAUGGGCACAUGGCAGAGUACCAAGACCAGCAGCCUCCCCUGGACCAGCCCUUGGAACUGGCCCCUCUGACCACUAUCACUUUCCCUUGAGGCAAAACGAGAGUCUUUUUGCUGCUAAAUUUGCACAUCCCCAACCCUUGACAACUUUAAAUACUAGUUAGGCACUUAGAUAUCUGGCUUUGUUCCUUAGUAAACUGCUCUUAGCUUAGUUAACAAUUUCUCAACGCUUUCAAGUGGAUUCUGUUGAAGAAAAACUCUUCUUGUAAAUGGCCUUUUUGGUGCUGCUGUGUAGAGUCUUCAUUAUACAUUGGGCAGUAUUUUUAAAAGGAACAAAAAGAAAUCCAGCUCAUUUUCCUUCUUACGGAUUCACCUUUAGAAUUUGUUUCAACCUUUUUCUAAUUCUCUAAGAAGUUAGCAGCACUCAGCCUUACACCAAUAGUGUUGGAAAGUUAAUCAUACCCUGGUUAGGGCAGAAUGUUAAGGACCAUCCAGGCAGAGUUUUAGCCAUGCUCUUUAUUCUGUUCUCAAAUAAAGCACAGUGUCACUAGUUUUUCC